AUGUUUGACAGGGUGCUCAACCAUACACCUACGAUGGCACGUGAACGCCGUAGGUCUUGGCUUCUACAACCCACCAGACUUAGCAAUGGCCUACCAUCCUAUGAACGCUCUAAUUCACUACCGAAGGGGGUUCCAAACCUAGCACGUGCCAAGUCUCACAGACUCACAUCCUUUAUCGAACGCUCUGGUUCAAUAUUGAAUAUUCCACCUUUUCGACGCGCUAAAUCACAGAGAAUUUUCCCAUCUGGUGAACGUCCUCUCUCGUUACCUCCACAAGACUUUGUCCUACUAUCCAAACCUUCUCCAACUUGUGAAGGUGUCAAGACUAAGACAGGCCCUUCAUCUCAUGAGCAGUUUGGUCUCACAUUGAAGUCUUCCCUACAUACGCACGCUGAGACAAAGAAGAGCCUGCCCAUUGAUGGGGAUUCUGAUUCAGCAUUGAAGAGGCCUUCGACCAUUGUUCCACCUCUAGCAGCACCCCAAAAUACAGCAGAAGCAUCUCCCCUUGGUUUUACUGAUUCAAAACUGAAGGGUCAUUCUAUCCUAGCAUCCAACCUAGCAGCUGUCAAGACUGCAGGUGCAGGUGCACCACCCGUGGAAUCGUCCACUAAGGAGUCUUCAGACUCAAUAUCACUCAAGAAGUUAAGAGUCCCUGACAUAAUGAACAGACUUUUCAAUAGGCAAUAUCCAGCGGCAGUACACCGCCAUAGAGAAGCUGAAGGAGAAAAUGAUACAGGUCCGGAUUCACUGAGUCUGCCUACCCUGGAACCAAAUCUGGAGGGGCUUCCAGCCGGCUUGCUGGUUCCAUGCCCUUUUAUCCGACCCUUAAAUCACAAACUCCAAGCUCGCUCUGAACCAGCACCAGUCUUCCACCAAGCUACUCCAGACUCAUCACAAAUUGGCAGUCCUGCAUGUUCGAUCAUGGUGGACAGAGGCGAGGAAAGAUCACAAGAGGCACCAAGCCGUGUUACAUCGAAUGAGAAGGCUAAGAAAUCUAUGGAGAUGAUCACUGAGGAAAUAGCCAACAUACAAUUAGCUCAGCAGCGCGACUUCAUUGCACUAACUGCUGCUCGCGAUCAUGAUGCUAUGCCCAAGUGGAAGAAGUACAUGGAGUGCUACUCAAAGGGAAAUUACAAUCUCAUUAACCCGCCUCGACCACCACCUCGUAGCCCAAAACUUGAGUUUCUUCCAUCCAUUUUCCCUAUCUCUGAGGCACAACGAUUGACCUCGAGCCAGCCUUUUAUUAAAGCAAUGGCCGCCUGGGAUUCAAAUAGAAUUCGCGAGCUUCUCCCAGAAAUUAUGAGAAAUUUCAAAUCAGGUGGCUGUGCUGCCAGCUCCUUUAGCAAUAGAGAGGAGGUUAUCAAAGCCGAGCGUGGGUACAAUACUGACCUGAUCCCCCGGUCUACAAGUAUUGCUGCUCAUGCCCUGCUCUCGACUGAAGUCUUCGUGGUUCUGGAUACCAAAAAGGACUGGCGUUUUCACAAAAACCCUCUCGUGACUGGGGAGUCCAAGAUCAGAUUCUUUGCUGGCGCACCAUUGCUUGCAGAAGAUGGGCAUAUCAUUGGGGUCUUGUCAAUUCAUUCCAAGUAUCGCCGCCGGUCCUUCGGCCCAUUUGAACGACGAAGACUUGCAGAAUAUGCUACAAUCGUCAUGGGAGAUUUGAAGAACGAGCUCGAUAAGUUAGAGAGACCUGCUGCGCGAUCAACCCCGAUUCUGCAAAGAAAUUCAGUGAUCAAUGGGGACCGCCAUCAGAUCACCUUCAUUAGGUCUGAACAGGAUGAGGAACAUGAUCCAGCCCUUGUUCCACCGGCCCUCCGCGUUAGUAAACCGAAGACGCAGGUAUCUAGCAAAUUGGGCAUAUCCGCCAACAGCCGGACAAUUCUGGAGACACCAUCUCAACGAAAACCCUCUUCCUCUGCCGGAUCCGCUGGUUCUCCUCAAACCUUUGCGGGAUAUCGCAACCAGACGCCUUCUGACUCGAGUGUGAAUGGCAUUCUCUCCUCCCCUAGGAUGGCCACCCCAGAACACAGGGACUUUGAUAUGCCUUCUCCGCGACCAUUCUCUUCCUCGGACAUGUCUUCACUCAACCCACACCCUGCCAACACCCCCGUUCAUUCAAGGAUGGGAAGACCUACAUUGAAACCAAUAGAGCUUACCGUGGAGCACUUUCUCUCGAUGUCUGAUAGAGAUGUGUCCGAAGACGCAGACGAUAAUUUGUCAGCAGGUGAUGGCAUUUCCUUGGCUUCUAAGAAUCCAUACACCGGCUACUUAUCACACAGCACCACGAUGACAAGUAUGGCUCCUCUUGGCUCACCUCCUCCGAUUCCUCCGCGCCCUCCAUUCCUUACGCGCCCCCCGCGACUAUCCAGUCCCGCAGCGAUCACCGAUACCAUCUAUGAAGAUGACGAUAACCCACCCGCUAUCAAUCAGCUAGCACCUACCCACGACCCCAUGGCUCAGGCUGCGCUGGCUUGCGCCCAGGCCGCACAAUCCCUUGGUUAUGAUCUCCUAUACGCUGUCGAGCUUAAUCCCUCACGCAAGACUAUAGAGGAAUCACAGCUCUUCUCACCAGGUGUCUUAGAUAUGCGAAUCAUGGCUGCAUAUGGCAUGAAGCGGCCCCUCGAUUUCAGUCCACAACUUCACAUUGAUACCCUGCGCUGCAGAGGCUUUUAUUACUGGGAGGCACCCCGUCAAUCGAAUAAUCAGCCGAGCGAAUAUCAGUCAGGCUGCCUCAUUGCCAUCCCAACGCAGGGAGGUAUCCGAAGACUUCGAACCAGCGGAAUCAUCAUGGGCGCGUUCAAGAAAUCAAAGCUCGCCGAUGAUACAUCUCCGGGCAAUAGCGCUAAACUUCAACAACUCAUAGAUGUCGGGAAUCUGGUGAAGAAGCUCCUCUGGACAGACCCUGAGAGCCCUUUGAGGCCACUGCCAAGACGAUCCCGCACAGAACCCAUGCUAAAUCCAUACCCAGCCAACGAAGCCGUUGAGGUUGGAGGAAGCUCUUCCGGUGACCGUCUCUCGCGUCAACGCGAAUAUGAGAGACAGCAGUACGCUCUCAACAUCGCUAGAUAUCGUCAGACGCAGCAGCAUUAAGAACAUACUCGUCCUCUUCUUACGUCUUGGCAUUCAGCGC